GUAAUAAUCAAUUUUGUGAGACAAUUACCUUAUUUAAUGUUACUAAUUUACUUCAGCACUUUCAACAAUUUAAAAAAACAUUCAAAUAAGAGUAAUCAUAGAUGAGAUUUAAAAAAAUAUGAUUCGAAGUAUUUGUAUAAUAUGCUUGGAACAUACACGAAUAGCAAAUUCAAUAUUUGAUUACAAUGGCGAUUUAACAUAUGCAGAAAUGAUUCUAUUUGUAGCUAAUAUUCAGAUAAUUGAAUCCAAAUUAGAUGAGCCUUUGAUUUGUUUAAAGUGUCGAAAUAAGCUCAAGGAAUUGUAUGACUUUAAAGUAUUAAUAAGAAGGUAUUUGAUUUCAAGGUCCCAUUCUGAACUAAAUGCACUCCAGCAGAGAAGACUUGUGUUUGAUAAUAUUGAUGAAUUCAAAUUAUUAUUAAAUCCUAUAAAAGACCAAGCGAAGCAGAACAUAAAGCCUGCAGACUUUAAAUGUUUGUUAUUGGAUAAUAAAAACUUUUUUACACAUUAUGAAACAGUAAUAACUAAAAUAUGCAAUGAAAAGACUAUUCCAGUUACAGAUAUUUCAGAAUCUAUAAUAGAAAAAUAUGAUGAUGAUGAUGAUGAUCUUGACAAUGGAACAUUAGAUGGCUACAACAUGGAUGACAUGUAUCUCGAGGAUCAAGAGGAACACGCUAACAAGAAAAUUGGUAACGAUAAUACCGACAAAAAAUCUGAAUGUACUAAAGUCUGUAUUAAGCCUGUAUUUUUACGCGAUAUAACAUCGAAAUCUGUAAGAACGAAACGACCGCCAAAACCGAACCGUGCAAGAAAAAUAAUUUGUUCUCAAUGUGGAAAAUUGACAAAAAAUAUACAUUCACACAUGUUUAUUCAUACAGGUGUAAAAGAGUUUAAAUGUGAAUAUGAAAAAUGUAAUAAAGCAUUUUUUACUCGAGGGCCCUUGAAGGCACAUAUGAAGAUACAUUUUUCAGAUCCAGACGUUGAAUAUAAAUGUGACCAUUGUACUGCGGUUUUUGCACAACAGACAGCCCUUAUUAGUCACAUGACAUCACACGCAGCAAACAGGCCACAUGUUUGCGAUAUUUGUCAAAGGGAUUUUAAACGGCUUAGUGCCUUAAACCGUCACAAGCUUAUACACACAAUUCCGAUGUGUAAGUGUGAAGUGUGUGGAUGGGGGUGCAGAACUAAAUCAGCACUAAGGCACCACGAGCGUGUGCACACCGGAGAGCGGCCUUUCAAUUGUAAAAUCUGUUCACAGCCUUACAGUUACAAACGUGAUUUUACCAGGCACUGUUUAAACAAACAUGGAAUAUUUCUGAAACACAGGAAAAUAGAUGUUAUGGAUGAAGAAACUAUGCAAAAUGAAAGAGCUAUAAUGAAGGACUUAUUAUUCAAAGUGGAAAGUGGUUUAACAAUCAACGAAAUAUCAAAUCCCUAUAAAGGGCCGCAAGCGGCAAUGGCCUUUGAAAUGGCAAUUAAGUUUUUGAUCGAAAAUAAAAUGUAAUUUACCGGUGACUAAGUGUAGCAAGAAAUUCUAAUGUCACUAGAUAAUACAACAGUAUCAGAAAAUAUAGAAGUAUUUAAAUAUACUCACGGUUU